CUCCACCAUCUACUUCCGGGGCGCCGCUGUCAGCUGCCUCCUGCCGCUCACACUGUCCGCAGCUCGCAGAUCGUGCCCUGAGGCUGGAGGUGCCCGCACCUCUGCUGGUAAGCCCUUCUUGGGGCUGUUUGCCGCUGGGACGGUGUAGGCGCGGUGUCUAGUGGGCUCCUCACCUGCAUCCGGGUCACCGGAUGCUUCCGGCUGAGCGACGGUGGGCCGCAGAGCGGUGAGGGGCAGGCGCGGCCCACGGAAUGCGGUGCCGUGACCUUCAGCGGUAGGAGGCGGUCCCGCGGGGCUGCCGAGGGUUCGGUGCCAGGCUAGGGCCGCGCCCGCCCGCUGAGGGUGGAGGUCCGAAAGUGCUGGGCCGCUCUGUUCUCCGCGGCUGCCCUCGGUGUCCUGACUGGAGGAAGGUUUGCAGCAGAAGAGUUGCCAUUUCCGAAGAUUCUUAAUACCAGAUUAUCAACCGACUGCCCAAUAACCAUGAAAGAGACAAAGUAGCUUCCCAGGCCCGAGACAAAAGCUGAUUUCAAUGGAUACAAAAUAUAAAGACGAUUUAUUUAGAAAGUAUGUACAGUUCCAUGAAUGCAAACUGAGUGUCUCUGACAGCAAACAGCCUCCUAUUAAUGAUGAAUAUUUGCGAGUGGCAGCAUCAGCCUUAUUUUGCCUUCCCAAAAUUGAUCCCUUUUAUAGAUUCCGGUUGAUAAAAUUUUAUGAGAUGGCUGAAAACUCACUGAGAUCUCUGAAAUCCUCGAGUUUACAUUCUCUGCAUAAUGCAUUCAGCAUGCUUGAGACUCUUGGAAUUAAUCUCUUUCUAUAUCCCUGGAAAAAGGAGUUCAAACAUAUUAAGACCUACACGGGACCCUUUGUAUAUUAUGUAAAGUCUGCCCUCACUGAAGAUGAUGUAAGGCAGAUUCUGAACUACAUGGGCUAUGUCCAAGAAGUGGGAACAAUGUAUAAGCUCAAAGAGCAGAUUGAUGCUAUUCAAGUGAAAAUGGUUUCAUUUGAACUCUUUUUGGCCAAAGUGGAAUGUGAGCAGCUUCUUGAAAUUCAUUUGCAAGUGAAAGAUAAAGGCUAUUUGGAGAUCGAUGUCAUAAAUGAACGAAAAAAUAGCAACGAAGAUACUAGAGGCUGCUCAGAAGCUAUGAAACGGCGGGCAGAAUGUAAAGAAAGCUUAAAUACUUCCAUGGCACGAAUGGUACUUCAGAAAUCAGCAAGUGAACGGGCCUCUAAGGAUUAUUUCAAGCCAAAAGUGAGCAAGGCUUCUAAAUCAGUAGACACAUAUGACAAUUAUUGGGAAAAUAAGAAACCACCGUUGAUGAGCUCAUUGAGUCUCAGGAAAGAGCCAAUCUUAGUUGAUGUGGAAGAUGACAUCAAAGAUGAAAUUAUUCGUCCAUCACCCUCUCUACUGACAAUGUCAAGCUCACCACAUGCAUGUUCAGAUGAAUUCUUGCCAACUUCAUCUCAUCCUAAUGGCAUGUUGAGAACAAAUGUCCCUUACAGCUCCUAUUUUUCUGCUCAAGAGGACUUAGAUAUCUAUACUGAUCCUGAUACUAGAAGUAUGUUAAAUUUUAAAAGGCAGGAAGCUAUUAAGCCUGAUGUGUGGCUGUUAAAAAAUGAUGCCAACCCUGUUUACCACAAACGCGCCCACCUAGCCAAAGAGACAGCUUCCCUCAAGUGCCAAAACUGUGGCGUACCUUGUGGGGCUUCUGUUUGCCAAAAGUGUGACAAUCUGUUCAACUCCAGGCAGGACUACCCAGUAGUGAAACAGAGCACCUUUUCCAUCAAACCACUUCCAAAUGAUGGCUUAUCUCCUGCCUCUGCUUUAAGAGAGAAACCUCAGUACACAUCACAGACUCAAAGUCAAGAGAGAGCUUCUCAAUUCAGUUCAAAAUCCAAACCUGCGAGCACCUCACGCUGCGGCUUUUGUAACCGAUCUGGAGCUGCAAAUACUUGCAUGUUUUGUUCAAAAGUCUCAUGUGACACUUGCCUCAAUGCUUACUACUAUGAUCCCUGCUGUAGGAAAAGCGAGCUUCACAGAUUCAUGCCUAACAAUCAGUUAAACUAUAAAUCAACCCAACUGUCCCAUGUUGUUUAUAGGUAGAUUUGAUUGGUCCAUUUUGGGGGGAAGGGAAAGGGCUACUUAAUGUUCUGAUGCCACUGAUGAGAAGUAAAACACUGACCUCUUGCAAAAUUGACAUGCCCAAAUAUUUGGAACAUGGUUCAGUGAUCAGGUGCCAGUUCUUGAUUUUUGUGGCUUAAUAAAUGCUGCAGAUAUAUGAUUUCAUGCUGCUAUUAUUUAGGUAACUCCUAAAUCAUAAUUAAUUCUCAAUUUAAGUGAGGGAGAAGAGCACUUUUUAAAAAAAUAUAUAUAUCUUGGCAGCUGUUGCAUUAUGGAAAAGUGACAUCACGCAUUUCACACCAUUUUAGUCUUCUCUUUGCCCAAAUGAAGCUACGUGAGGCUCUGAGAAUUAAGAUUCACAUUUUCUGUGGGUGUUAAACUACUGCCGUUUUUUGGUAAAGUAUGACUCUCAAAUGUGCAAGAAACAUGUGAAUAGCUUGUUUUGCCAACAAGGACUAUUUUUCGAAACAUCUGCCUUUUGUUGAUCUCCAAAAUCAAACACCACAGCAUCUCUUAUCUUCGUUUCUUCCUUCUCUCCUUAUGUCCCAGUUGUUUAUCUUGAACUUAUAUAAUCUGAAUCUGAACAAUAUGUGCUUUAUUUUCUCGUGUUGCCAAUAUCAUCCUGCUUUUUUUUUUUUACUGUUCCGCAUUUUAAAAAGGUGAACUUGUAUUCGUGUCACUUAAAUUUUGCCUAGUGUUGUCCUUCCUGAUGAGUACUCUUACUUUCUGUUGCACAUAUAUUACGUACUGUUCUUUGUACUGUAAACAGGUAAUUUGGAAACAGUUUAUUUUUAAUAAAUAUUUAAUAUGUUGAGUUCUUAAAGGUGGUAAAAUCAUUAUAACUACUAAGUCUCUCUGGGUUAUUUGUUCAGGUGACUUUUUGUUUCUACUUGUACUGUAUUUCAUAGCUUGUUGUAGUUGCUGUGGCAGGCUGACAUUAUUUACUCUGAUCAGUUUUUUUAAAUCCAGCUUUUCUUUUUUCUUCUGCGAAGGCUACCACUAAUUUAGGUGGAGUCCUGUCUAAAAACUGCAAGAUUUUGGUUCUCAGUGCACGCUUUUUCUUUGUGGUUAUAGGAACUGUAAGUAUAAAUCUUACGCUUGCGUCCAAAUUCACUGCAGUUUGUAGUGUAGUCAGCAGGUAAAGCGCUGGCCUGAUGAAAAAUCAGAGCUCAUGUGUGUAUCCUGUGUUUACUGUUAAAGUAAACCUAACAAUUACGGAUGUGAAUCUGGUAAAUGAUAUUCAUCUGUGUUACUGUAACACAUAGGAACCCUUGUGCUAGGCUCUGUACGGUUUUGCCCCCAAGCAACACCCAGUUAUUAGUAGGCUGUAGGGCCUCUUUGUUUCUUUUUGCAUAGAGGAGAUUCCACAAUAAUCCUCCUAACUUCUUAUAUUCAGACUAGCUAGUUAGAACAAAAUAUCAGGCAAACCAAUCUGAUGUGCAAAGUUAAAUGUCUUUAAAAUAUCUGUUAAAAAACAAAACAAAACAAAAACCUCUAGCUGAAUUGUAAACUAUGUAGUCCACUUUGUACUAAAGUUAUUCACUUAGGGUUUUUUUUAAACACUGUUAGAGUCUAGGCUUUGAAAUGUAAAUGUUGACCCCUGUGUGACAGAGGUGUGCAUGAAAGAUCAUUUUACUUAAUUUUUGGGGGGAGUGGGUAGAGGACUUGAGGUGUAGGUGUAGAGGGAGGCAUAUAGGCUAAUAAUGUAAAAUAGCUGAAAUAAUGUUAGCUGUAAAUGGGUCUCAGAAGUAUUAUGAAAAUAGAGUGAAACUUGAGUCUUGCAGAGGGCUGAGAACAAUAAGUUACUGUACAGCUUGCACUAAGAGACAAGAUGAGUGGUAUGUCUUUAGCAGUCGGGAAUUUCGGAAUCAAGCGACUGCAACUGAAUAUUAUGUUAUAGGCAAGUAUUGCCUUUCUGACCCUGAAGGUUGGGGUAAACGUUGUUUAGGUGAAUGAUUUUAAGGUUUUCAGAAUCUCAUAUGUUUUUUAUAAAUGUAUAUAUGCAUAUAAAUAUAACAAAUGUAGAUACAUUGUGUAUAUAAUGAGGGAUUUAAAAACAAUUUUACUAUUAAAAUACAGUCUAAAGGUUGUUUUCAGUGAUUAUUUUGGUUUUGUUCAUCUUCUGAAAUGUCAUGCCUGUAUGGCUGUUGCACAGUGUAUCUUCUAGUUUGCUAGUUCAAUUUCCAUAUGGCUACUCUAAAACUGUGAUGCCACGUAAUUCUUACGGUGAAUACAGCAGGGACAAUACUUGCUUUGAGAUAGAAAAGUCCUCUAUAUAUAUAUGUCAUUGAAUACUGUAGUACAAAACUGUGUUGAAUUGAAGUGAUACCAUGCUCUAUUUUUGUGUACCUUACUGUAUGAGGUUGCCGUGAUUGAUGCAGUAAAAUAUAUGCUAAUUGAAAAUGCAGGUGUUUUGCAUCUGAUUUGUUAAAACUAAUUUAUGUUCAAAGGAAUUGAAAAAUAAAGAGGCCUUUAAGAAAAGGCUUAACUCUUUUCUUAAGGUUGAGUGCAUGUAGCUGUCUGUUUCUCAACUGUGUUUUGCAUGCAGAAGUGAGUUGGUACACAGAAGUAAUCUUGGGGAUAAAAUGGGCAAGUGUGUAUGUAUCAUGAGCCUCAGUUGUAUGAGACUGGAUGGAGCGCCUGCAGAAUUUAGGUUUUUUUAUUUUUUUUUAUUUUUUUUAAAGUUAAUUUUCAGGGCUUAGCAGCAUGCCUGUUUGUUCCAUAAGAACAUGUCUGCAGUCUGCAGCAGACAGGCUAAUGUGGGGGCAGUAAGCAGGUUUUAUGUGCGAUGUAAAGCUGACCUACAUUGUUUUCCAGGCUUGACUCUUGAUAUCAUUUGCAGAUUUUCUGAUAAAGUUUUCUGAUGCUAGGUAUCACAAAAGAUAUGUGAUACUGCUGAUGUACUUUUUGGCACUCAAGGCAGGCCUAGUGGCUGCUAUUGCAUCCUUCUAGCUCUAGAGCUGGAUAAUUUCUCAGGUCCCAGACUAGACUGUUUUUCCUUUGAUUCAUUGUUUUGGAGCACAUCAGCUGAAUGUCAGGUGAAUGCUUAAAAGGCCUCAAGUUCCAUUUACACAAUCUUGUGAUCUGUUGAAGUUCCUGGAAGUAUUUGGGAUGUUUGUAAAAAAUCAGGUUCAAGAUGACAGAAGUAUUACUGCAGGAAGUCUUGUCUUACAUCUCUGUGCUAUUUAUGCUAAUGUAUUUCUGGCACAUUUUAAACAAGUCAAUGCUGACUGUUCUGACUGGACUGAUGUUUCUGAUGACAGACCUAUUAUAUGUGUCUGCCUGUGUCUUUUGCUCUGAACAGAAGUUUAAAGGUUCCAUGCAUCAUUGUGUAGCUUAAACUUGACAAUUUGAGCUGGCAGCUCUUUAAACUUAUCUGUUCUGGACAACAGUUUUGGAUUCUAAGCAUUUAGUUUGUGUAGCUAAUCAUGCUGUAGUGUCUUGUUGGGUGAGAGGUUCCCCUUUCUGUUAUUUGCUUAGAAGGGGAGGGAGCCUGAGUAAUAUGAUCAUUGUAAUGCUGCCAGAGUGAGAGAAAAGUAGGAGGUGCUUCAGUUCCAAGGUGAUGGAAUUGAACUGGAGACAAAACAGGUACUUUGAGGUCACUGGGAGCUAACUAGGCCUUCUAGCAUGGUCGUUACCAUCUGUGUGAAUACAAAUGUACCUGUCUAUUCCUUGUGAAGGAUAUUCCACAGUUCCUUCUGAAAAUCAUGAUUAUGGUUGUCUAAAGAGUUUGUAAGCAUGUAAAUGGGUGAUUCUGUGUAGAGCCAGGAGUUGGUUUCUAUGACCCUUAUGAGUCCUUUUUAACUUGGGAUAGUCUAUGAAAUGUCUUAGAUCUUUUGUGUAAAAUUAAGCAAAAUUGGGCAUUGCAGUUGUUUUGUAUUACCUUUUUUUUUCUACAGUUGACCAUAUUCCCUUAGACAAUAUUUUUAUGUGUCUUGCCAGUUUGAAAGUUUAGAGGCAGGGAAUCAGUACUUAAAGUAGCUUUCUGGUUUUGUACUUUAUGUAUAGCCCUGCUGCGAUUAGGGCAGCCUUGAGCAUUGAGCCACCAUACAAGGCAGAGACCAGUGCAUUGGAUCUUACUGCCUGAAGGAAGGCAAAAGGUUAACAUGUAUUAUAUGGCAGCAGCUUUUGUAACUCUAAAAUCCUGCAGACGUUACUGAAGCUCUUCCAUUUGAGGAGAUGUGUAGGAGAGCCAGAGAACAGCUCCUUUGUUUGACAGGAUGUUUGGUGUGCUAAUGUACAGAAAGCAAGGCUGUUUCUCACAGUACUGAAAGGUGUCUACAUUGAAAAUACGCUGAGAUAUUUUAUACUGUGUAAUGGCCCUUUGGUUCAGGCAGGAAUCUAGAAUCUUGCUACGACAUCAUGUGCAGAGCAGUCAGAGAUGAUGGUGUGCUGAUGGAUAGGAGUCAGUAAAGGUGACUGUAAUACCCAGCUGUGCAUAUAGAAUUGUAGGACCAACUGACCUGUAACCAGAGAAUUAGAGCAUAGUGUCCAAAGUGAUGUAAUCUCUUUUCUUCUUUCACUUCUGGUACUGCCUUGAUCCUCCCACAGAGCUAUGGGAACUCUGGCUAUAUGCUGGUUUGUUGUUAUUUUAUUGGGAGAGGGAAACAGCUGCCUUGCUAUCCUGACCUCUACAGAAGGAAGGGGAUCCUAAGUUCUUAGGAAUCCCUGCAAACAGGGAGACAUUGCUGUGCCUGAAGAGAAUGAGAUGCUGCCAGGUAGCUCCUGCUUUUCUGCUAUAGUACAGAGGCAGAGAGGCUAUGACAAUCUUUCUGACACUGAACAGCAUUCUAAGUUGUCUGUGAUUAAAGCCAGACAUGGGCUUCUAUUGAACUUGGAAAGGCUUGGUGGAGAAAAGAGGUGGGCAAGUGGAAAUGUUCCAGAAAAACAUGAAGCAACCUGCUUUUCCUCCCCUCUCCCCUCCCUCCCCCCCUUCCUUAGCAUCAACGAGAAAUUUCUCUCUCAGCAUUCAGAGUCUGAGAGGCAUCGAAUUCAUGUUACAGGGAGCUUUAGAGGAGGCUGAAGGAUUUUAUUACUAGUACUCCUUAUUGGUGGGAUUCUUUCUUAGUGCUGCAGAUUGUGAAUGCAGGUUUUGGUGGUCAUGGUAUUCUUCUUCAGCUUGGGCACUGUAUGGGAACUGCUGAAUCAUGGCCUGAACCUCUGAUUGAUCACCUGAGGCAAGCACUGAGUCAGCCCUGGGAGCACAGGUGAAGGCAAUUCAGCUGUGCUGCUGGAAGGGGUGGAGCCUGGCUGCACCUCUCCUAGGCCCUUUUAGGAGCUGACUACCAGUGGGGAAGGAUCUCUUCUGGAGAUCCCUCCUCUGGAGUUUUGCAGUGAGCCCAGGAUGUGGGGCUGUCCUUGGAGCCCCUCGCAGCACGGCAGUAUGGGACGGGUACCAGGCGGGACUUCAGGGAAAGGCAGGGGGCAGAAUCUAAGCUUCUACUAUGCCAGGACUGAUUCCUGCCAUUUACUAUUGAAAGAAACUGGAGGUCGGCUGAGUUCUCAAGCUUAUCAAGUUUCCUCCUCGUCUCUAAGAAAGGCUCUGACUUGUGGCACAUUGGCUGAAAAAAAGUUGAUCUCACAGGACCUCUGCAGCUCCCUGCUGUGCUAUGAGAUGGAGACCUGCCAUUGUUUGAAGGAGAUAAAGUCCUGCAGGCACUGCAGUUUCUCUCCUUCUCUUGCUGCAGGGUGCAUGCACACUAAGGAGCAAGAACAAUUCCUUCUAGACUGCAUGAGGCCAAGCCCUGUUUUGUCACCAGCACAGUUCUGUGAUGUCGGUCUCCCCUUUCUCCCUGCAGCAUGUCAUUCCAAGAGUGUGUUCUGCUGGAGCAUCUCAGCCAGGCACUGUACCUGCCCAGCUGCUUUCUCACAUAGGCUCUGGAGGAAGACAGAAUUAUGGCCUGGAGAAGAGCUGUGGAUUACAAGAAUUACAGGAAUUAGUUGCUCAGCCCUAAAUAAAGAUUGUUUCCAAUUAGGUUAACAAGAGAUGUUAUUCUCAUGGACAGAGUCACUUGGUCUGGUACUGGUGGGUGUAACUCACUUGUUCCUCUGCCAUGGGCACUCUGAGCCAUCUAAAGAGCAUAGGAGAGUGGAGGAGAUGAUUUUCAGUGCACUUAAAAGCGCUGAGCACCCAUAGUGCUCUGUGUGUGGGUGUUCACCAGCCUCUGCUCCUGCUGGGCGUGCUCUCUGCCCCAGCUUUGCUCAGCAGCUGAGGACAUUAUACUGGUAUGCACACAGAGGUGGUCAGAGCUGUAGGCAGUGCUGAAAGCAUGGGUAUGGGCAAGUGCUGUAACUCAGUGCCCAAACAGAGCUAACUAUGAGCAUGAUGUGCAUUUAUCCUAAAGGCAUAGGCUUUUAAUGUGCACAUAUAAAAUGAGCUGUGGGAGCUCGCUCCCUUUUUUAAUGUGUUUCUGGCUAAGGGGGAAGAAAGAGUUGCUUUCUUAAGAAAUUCCCAAGAAAAACUUAGAAAUCAAUGAACAUGUGACAAAAUUUCCUUCUUCCUUUCCCUAACCAUAGUGUGGAUCCAAUUACUUGGUUGUUUUCUAAUAGAUUUAGCCUCAGCAUCAAUUAAAAUGCUUUGGCACAGAAGGAAGGGAGAAGUGGGCCUUGCAGGACAUGCAUCACAGAAAGCAGAUGGAUACUGGAUUUUUGUUAGCUGUGAAAUUAAAUACUAUGAAGCAGAUUCUUCAUGGCAGUUAUAUGUGUCAGGGGGCUGUUCUCUCUCUGUCCUUGCAUGUGUUGGAGAGAAGUAAAGCACACAUUUUCUUCACAAACCUUUUAGAAAGUGGCCUGAGAAAGAGAGAAACUGGAUUGCCAAGUAACUUUACUAGUCAUUGGCCUGGAGUUAAAGUCUAGUUGUUGAGACUGAAACAUCAGAGACUAACAAACUGGCACGGAAAGAACAAGGAGGGAGGGAAGAGGAUCACUGUGAAGAGUUUCUAAAAGCAGGGAUUGCUCAGAGCACUCAGAUUUCUUCCCAUAUUUAACAAAUUCUGCAGCAUUCAGUUCCACCUGCUCCCUUCAGCUAGAGCUUCAGAUCCUUGCCUGUGUUCUUGCAGCCAGCUGUCUUCCACUGAAGCCCAGAUUCACUAUUGCUGCUCCUUCUUAAGAUAAAAUGAGGCAGAAGACUUCAAACAAAUUCUGAGCACUCCCCCCGUUCUUCAUGAAUCAUGGCAUAAUAUGGAGAAGAUUUGAAGCCACAGACAAGAUAUGACAGAAGGCAGAGAAAGAUUGAGAAACCUGCUGCAGUUUCAUGAAUGGAUGGAAUGCUUCAGAGCUGCGCUGUAUCUCUCUCAUCACCAAAAUCCAAUAAAUGCACUGGGGAAGGAGGCUGUUGCACUGUCCAGCUUCUUGGAAGCCUCUUUGAGUUUAGCAAUAAGAUGGAAUUGACGUUUAAAUUAAAAUCACAUUUACUGGAUACUCUUAUUUGUAUGCUAAUUUGCAGAUGGGAAAUGCAGUGCCUCCCUGCUCAUCUCUGUGUUAUCAGAGAGGGAAGACCUGAUUUCUGGCAUGCUCUACUUACUCUGUGCUAAGGCCAGAUCUUACAGCUCUUCCCCAGCUGUGGGCAGCCCAGUGCCUGCCAAAGUUGGUCAGGCUUCUUGCACUCACUGUUGCUUCCAGAAGUAUCCAGUUGUUAUUGUGGGUCAGGGGUGCUGACCCUGCCUUGGGUUCAGAGGUGAAUGAUGGGCAGGAAACAGGCCCCCCAGUUGGAAGGAUUUGGCAUACCUGGACUGUGUUGUGACUUAGUGGGAGCCUGCUGCUGCUGCAGAGCUGGAGCUGUCCCAGGGGCUUUGACAGGGUUUGGUGCCCAUGCAGUGAGGGCUGAGCUGUAGGUGGGCUGCAGAUGUUGAGCGAUGGAGCUCCCAGUCCUUCCCAGGGACAGCUUCUGUCUCAGUAACUCCUGUGCUCCAUGUUCUGCUGGACAUUGGAGUUGCUGAGGCAAGUGCUCAACUGCUGAAAUAAUGCAUAUUGGUUAAAAACCCAAAGAAAAACUGCAGUAAAAUUCCUCACUUUGAGAAAUUCUUUGUAAAGCAGGUUGCCAGAGGGAUAAUGGCAGCUUCAAAAUGGUGGUGAUGUGUCAUGGGUUUCACCCCAUCUCCUGAUUCCGCAUGCAGCUCUGCCAUGAAGUAAUUGGUGCAAACCAUCUUGCACAGGUGGGGAUAUUACUGCUGCGCCCUUUAAACUCAGGUCAAGUGGAGGAAGCCCAGUUGCAGCGGCUGAUCUCACACACUGCACAACUUCGAAAAAGCUGAGGGUACGUAGGAAGCAUAGCUUGGAGCUCAGUUCUUUCCAAAAGAUAAGCUACUGAGCUACAGAUAAUUACUAGUGCUCUCUUCUCUUUUUACGGCAUCUUUUAGAUUAGGCUGUAGAAACAGUCUGCAUAUGCUUUAAAGAUUAAAAUCAAUGAAUGUUUCUUGGUGUAGCUGAGUUAAAAAUAACAAUGAAAUGAAAGCUGGAGGUGCUUGCUGUGAGUCAGUGCAGGGGUGCCAGUCUGCCACUUGGGAUGGUCACAUAGCUGCCUAGGGACGUGGCACUGCUUGGGAGUGGUGGCAGGUUCCACCAGACUGACAAAACUUCAGUAUCUGUAAUUAGUAACAUCUGCAUCCUACAUAUUUUCUGGUUAUUCUGCACUGAAUAAAGAAGAAAAACAAAGUAUAUCCUUGAACAAACUCACAGGAGAGGCCAAGUUAGGAUGGGGUUGCCGGUCCUUGUGGAAAGAGGACUAGAGUCUCCUAUUGUUCUGAUAUCAUAGGAAAAGAUCUAAGUAAGGUAGCUGCAGGGCAAUUGAGUAAGGAAGAUGAAGCAACAUACUUACACAAGAAAAUGAAGAAAUCCUAACUUGGAAGUUACUGGCAUAAGUAAAUGCAUUGAUAAAUACAGAAAUCAGUCACUGAAAUAAUGGCAAAAUUUUCUUCUACUGGUUCACAAGUAUGGAAGUUAGUGCGUAUUUUGUAAAAGACAAACUUACCUUCAUUCCAAGCUCUGACAAAUCUAAGCUUCGUAAAUUUCAGCAUAGUUUCUUUUAAUGAAAACACCCAAGGUUUUCUUCGGUUGCUUCAGAGUGAUUUCAUUCGUUCUAGCUGUAUCAAUUCAUUGCUUCCAUUUAAUUUAUUAAACUACUCUCAGCAUACGAUCGUGAGAUGUCACGCCGUUACCGUUGACUGCCAACAGAGGGCAGUAACGAUCACUUUACCUCGAGUGGAAAUCGAUAUGGUUGACGUGCUGGUACAGACCUCACUCCUUUUGCAGGUGCCUCGUUUCAGAAUAACCAUAGCAAUGAGAGCACCUUUGCUAUUUCAGCAUGAUUAUGAUACAGCACCAUGCCUAGCAUAAUAGCAUCUGGAACAUUAAACUCAAGCACAGCUCCUGCAGAGAAGAGAACCUCCUGAUCUGGGCAGGAAUAAGAAUCCACACAGGUCAGUGUCAGCCUGAUGACAGCACAACUUUACCAGCUCCCCAUUCUGGCUUCCAUGUCUAAGUUCCCAGCUGGUACAGGACAAAAAAAGACAAGACAGAUAACACAUGCUUGCCUCCAGCAGACAAACAAGUCUCAGAAGUUGGCGGCUUCAGUCCGCUGGCACUGACAGCACAGAGAUUCUCACUGAGCAGAUUUUUUAACAGUCCUCAUUGCACUGAACAAACAUAACACAGAACCUGAACACACAUUCCCACCCUUCACAGCACUGUAACUUGUGCACCUUCCUUGAUAUCUCUAUUUUAAGACUGAUGGGUAACUGAAAUGUAAUGAAAUCCACUCUCAUCUAGAAGGAUGAAGGAAAAAUACAGAUCCUCUUCUAAAGAGAAAACCAAGCAUUAAUUCAUUUCUGGUCAAUACCAGAAGCUGAUUUUGCAUCUCAUUCAGACUUUGGCCAGUGUGUUUUCCAGCUCUAGGAUGAGCACAGUUCUUCAAAAUAAUAGUAAUAAUAUGGAAAAGCAGGUCAUAUAACACGUUAUUUUGGAGAACUGCUUAGCCAGCACAGGUUUAAGACUCCAAAUAGACUUUCAUUUUCCCAGCAGUUGAUUUUUAAAAAGCCUAAUAACAAAACCAGACCAAAAAUGACUCUUUCAUAUCUACAUUAGAUUUUUGUAGACUCCUUCUUCCCCAUGUACACACUUAAUUCAUCAAACCAACGACAGGGGAAGAGUUGCUUUUGAUUCCACUAGAAUUCAAGUCUGCUAGUGAGUUCCAGAGUGUUAGGAAUGCUUCCUGAAUUUAGGCAAAAGAAAAGCUGUUGCUUUCUUAGACUUGAACCAGGGAAAACUAACUGCAACUGCCUUUAGCAAAAUUAAAAAAGUGUUGCAGAACUGCAUUUGAAAUUGCAGUUUUAAUGUCAUGCAAUCCACACCUCUUGCAAGUCAUGUCUAACCCACAGUACUGAUUAGGACGACAUCUCAGAAUAUAAAAAUAAAACAUCCCAUUAAAUAGAUACCAAGACAAUUUCAUAUGACAAAAAUAUGGAGGUAUUAAGAAGUUGUUCUUUGUGUGCAGCAUCUGCUAUUUGUCAAGGCAAUGAUCUUCUCUGGAUUCAAAAUGUGCAAUUCUAUGCGCCCAAGGCAGAGGAGGUUGGAACUGGAUGAUCUCUAAGGUCUCUUCCAACCCAAAUCAUUCUUUGAUCCUGUAACUCUCCCAAAUCAAGGAUUUAUCCCAGACAGACUCCCUUACCAGUGCUAAAACAAAUUCAUAGUUUAAACUAUCAAGCCUCUCCAUGUGAAUCGGUGUAUCUUUUCAAAGAAAAAAAAAAAAGCUGCAACUCAUCCUAUCUUGCAGUCAUAUGAUGGCUCUGUACUUCAAACACUCACAGCAGGCUUUGUACUAGGACCCACAU